UUGAUCAACCCGUUACGUCAGUAUUGAUAACUUUACCGAACCCAAAAUCAAGUGCAAUCCCGGGAGCAGCACUAAUGCAUCUAUAUGCAUCUAUAUUCUGUUCAUAUCGCAUCCACCGGCUCUCGCGCGCUGCGCGUCCCGUCUAGUUUUCCACAACUGUUAUUUUCCUAACAUUUUUUUUCCAUGUGGAGUGUAAUCGUCAACGCUGUUUAACGGGGGGAAUCCAGCCCAUAUAUUUAUUGUAGCCGCUCUUGAAUAUUGUGCUCAAGAUGGCCGCCGAUGUGGGAUCGAUGUUUCAAUAUUGGAAGAAAUUUGAUCUCCGGCGGCUUCAGAGGGAGCUGAAUUCAGUGGCGGCACAGCUAGCGGGCCGACAGGAGGAGAGCGAGGACUCCCAUAAGCACCUGGUGGAGCUGAGCCGGGAAUUCAAGAAAAAUGUCCCAGAGGAGGUGUUGGAGAUGGUUUCGCCCGUCCUCAAGAGUUUCCAAGCUCAGGUGGUUGCGUUGAACCAGCGAAGUAAGGAGGCGGAGUCUGCGUUCCUGGGAAUAUAUAAACAGCUGAUCGAGGCCCCAGAUCCAGCUCCGCUGCUGCAGGCCACACAGGAGCGUCUGGCAGAUCUUCAGCGUUCGGCUCCUGACGGUGACCCUCUGGUCACAGAAAUCUCUGAGCACUGGAGAAAACACCUGGAGUGCCUUGACAAAGCAGAACACACAGAGGAGGGGCCUGUAACCGUGGAGACGGGGGAGGCGUCGUCACAGCGGCCCCACAUGAUGUCACCAAACAGCACACAGAACGUCCAGGAUGGAGACGCCCCGCUCCAAAAUCACCAGGACACACAGGAAGGGGAGGAACAUGAAUCAGACGCUUCGCUGCCUGUCAGACUCGGCCAGGCUGAGGACCGGAUCAAAGCGCUUCAGUCAUCGCUGAACUCGGCCCGAACAGAGCUGCAGGAACUGAGGUGUAAAUACGACAAAGAAAUGGCAGAAAAAGUGGAUGAGAUGGGCGCGCUAAUGGUGAACCUGGAGAAGGCCAACCAGAGAGCGGGUCUGGCCCAGAGGGAGGUGGAGAAGCUGAAGGAGCAGCUCGCUGGCUCUUCUAAAGGGACCGGCAAGGAGGAGAAGGAGCGCGAGGAGCGAGACGAGACCUCGCUGUCCCGGCUGGAGGCGGUGCUGUUCUCCAAGGACAGAGAGAUCCUGCGACUGCUCGAGAGCGUCCAGAGACUCCAGUUCACCUUACAGGAAGUCCAGGACUCCUCGGCCAAUCAGAUCGCAGAGCUGAAGCGGCAGCUGGCCUAUAAGUCAGAAGCUAUAGAGACUCUGGAGGCCAAGCUACAGUCUCAGAUGGAUUAUGAAGAGAUCAAAACUGAACUCAGCAUCCUGAAAGCCAUGAAACUGGCAUCAGCCAACGGAAGUUCAUCCCAGGAAUCAGCCAAAGGCUCCGCUGAGGCUCUGCUGCUGGACAAAGACGCCUUUCUGUCCUCUCACAGAUUUCUUGUGGAUAAAGUCAGAGCGUUACACAACAGCGACGAGGGUCACUCUGAGGACUCCAGUAAGGAUGUGAGUCGCCCGGUGGGCUCGUAUUCCUCUCCUCCAGGAACUUUGCCCAUAGAUGGCCUCUCUUCCUCCAGCCCAGGACCGCCCAUCACUGACACGCCGUCCUCCGCCCAUGAAAUGCCCCGCCCCUUCUCAGUGUCACCCUUCUCUGGCGAGAAACUUCCCGGAGAUCAGCUCUUGCAGAAGCAGCUCCUGUCUCCGCUCUUCAAGAAAGACGGCAGCUCCAUCAUGGCAUUCCCCACCGCCCUCUACGCCGCCAAAGCGGCUCUCAUGUCAGCCAAUCAGAACGCCUCAAUGCCCGUCACCAUUGAGACAGGCAUGCCAAGUGACCAAUCAGAGAGCGGAAGCUCAGGGGGAGGAGACGAAGACCAGGUGGACACGGCAGAUAUUGCUUUUCAGGUCAAAGAGCAGCUGCUGAAACACAACAUCGGUCAGCGUGUGUUCGGUCACUACGUGCUGGGCCUCUCGCAGGGAUCGGUCAGCGAGAUCCUGGCUCGCCCCAAACCCUGGAGGAAGCUCACCGUCAAGGGCAAAGAGCCUUUCAUCAAAAUGAAGCAGUUCCUGUCGGACGAGCAGAACAUCCUGGCGUUACGCACCAUCCAGGUUCGCCAGCGAGGGAGCAUCACUCCUCGCAUCCGAACUCCUGAAACUGGGUCAGAUGAUGCCAUCAAGAACAUUCUAGAGCAGGCCAAGAAGGAGAUCCAGUCACAAAGAGGUGAUUGUAAGUCGUCUUUGGGCUGUUCAUCAGGACGUAACAGCUCUGGAGGAAGCAGCAGUUCUGACGAAACCAUCAAGAGCAUCCUGGAGCAGGCUCGUCGAGAGAUGCAGGCGCAGCAGCAGGCUCUGCUGGAGAUGGAGGUGUGCAGCCGGGCGUCCUCCAGCGAGCGUCUCGCCCUGCAGGAUCCAGCCAAGGGACAGCUGACCCCCACGCCGCCCUUCAUCAAACAGGAAGAGGGUGUAUCCGUACCAACGUGUGUCUCCAAUCCCACCGGCAGCCCUCAGACGCCUCUGAGCGUCCUGUCUCCAGCCGCCUUCGUCCAAAACAUCAUCCGUAAGGUGAAGUCGGAGAUCGGCGAAGCUGGCACGUAUUUCGACCAGCACUGGUCCACCGAGCGUGGUGCGGUCGUGAUGAUGGGUGGCACCUCUCACCCGUUCACCUCCGUGUCUCCGUCGCUUUCCUCCUCCUCGUCCACAGGACAUUCGUCCAUGCCUCGUCCCUGGCCGCGGAUGGAGAACGGAGACUGCCCUGCAAACGGCGAGGAAGCGUCUGCGCCGGAGGACGAGCCCGUGUUGGGACGGCCGCUGGAGAUCAAGGUGGAGCCGGACGCCUCGGUCAGCGGCGAGUCGCCCGGUGGAGGAGGACGGGUGUCGUAUUACCCCACCUACAUCCCCCGAACCCUGAAGCCCACCGUCCCGCCGCUGACCCCGGAGCAGUACGAGAUGUACAUGUACCGCGAGGUGGACACCCUCGAACUCACCCGGCAGGUGAAGGAAAAACUGGCCAAGAACGGGAUCUGCCAGAGGAUCUUCGGAGAGAAGGUGCUGGGUUUGUCUCAGGGCAGCGUGAGUGACAUGUUAUCCAGACCUAAACCCUGGAGUAAGCUCACUCAGAAGGGCCGGGAGCCGUUCAUACGCAUGCAGCUCUGGCUUCUGGACCAGCUCGGUCACGGACUCAGCUCACUGUCCGGCCACAGUCACAGUCACGGUCAGGGUCUGGAUAAGAGCCCCGUGACGAGCCACUCGUCCCCGUCCCCUCCUCCGAGUCCCGAAGACGGUCACCCCAGCGUGACCCUGGAGAGCAGUAAAGAGAACCAGCAGCCGCAGCACACCGAGCCCCACGGAGGGAAGAGCUCGCUGGGCAUGAUGGUCCCGCAGCAGCCUCACACACCGCUGGGCAUCCAGGAGCUGGUGGCCAUGUCCCCGGAGCUGGACACGUACGCCAUCACCAAGAGAGUGAAGGAAGUGCUGACCGACAACAACUUAGGUCAGCGUCUGUUUGGAGAGAGCAUUCUGGGAUUGACUCAGGGUUCAGUGUCUGACCUGCUGUCCCGACCGAAGCCGUGGCACAAGCUCAGUCUGAAGGGCCGCGAGCCGUUCGUCCGCAUGCAGCUGUGGCUCAACGACCCGCACAACGUCGACAAACUCCGAGACGUCAAGAAACUGGAGAAGAAAGCGUAUCUGAAGAGGCGAUACGGUCUGUUGAGUCCCGGCUCAGACAGCGAUUCCCCCGGCGCUCAUUCAGACUGCAUCAGUCCAGGUCUGACCGCGCUGGAGCUCUGCCCCUUCAGCCAGGCCAAGAAACCCCGCGUGGUGCUGGCGGCCGAGGAGAAGGAGGCUCUGACCAAGGCGUAUCUGCAGGAGCCGUACCCCUCUCAGCACACCAUCGAGAUGCUGGCCGCACAACUCAACCUCAAAACCAACACCGUCAUCAACUGGUUCCACAACUACAGGUCUCGUAUGCGGCGAGAGGUCCUGAUGGAGGGUCUUCAAGACAACGACACAGACGCCGAGCACAACAACUACUCCCCGCUGACGUCCCACAGCCCUGUAUCUGACCGCGAUGACAGGAAGCAGCCCUCGGCCGUGCACAGCCGCCCUCUGAGCGCCGCCCCGCGCCGGUUCACUGUCAAACAGGAGACCAGCGAGCCGGAUGAAGACCAGGAGCUCCGUCUGCGGCAGGCCAGGUGCUUCUCAAUCCAGUUCGCCCUGCUCAAAAGCGACCCAGAGACACCCCAGCACCGCUCGCUGGGCGUCAAAGACGAGGAGCCGCAGAGGAACAGCCACGAGGACGAGGAGCUGGAGAAGUCGCCCGAGGAUCCCGUCAGCUUCAAGGCUUCAUCCGAACCGUCCCGGGGCAGCCUGGAGGUGUCACUCAACUCGCCCUCCGCCGCGUCCUCGCCCGGCCUCAUGAUGUCCGUCUCCCCCGUCCCGUCCUCUUCCGCCCCCAUCUCCCCGUCACCGCCCAACCCGCCGGCCACAAACCACCACCACUCGCCCUCGCUCAACCCCAAACUCAACAAAAGCACUCAGAGACGCAACGAGAAGAUGGCCAACCUCAACAACAUCAUCCAUCGCCUGGAGCGGGCCGCCAACCGCGAGGAGACGCUCGAGUGGGAGUUCUAGAGAUUCACAGAAGAGCGUAAGCGUCAGAUCUUUAUAAACACAUUUUAGGUAUUUUAAUAAAGUCACUUUGGAUUCUGCGUCACAGCACUAGCUGGUUUUGAGGAGUUAACGUAGCGGUGUCAUGAAAUGCACACUGACGACUUGUAGAUUGCCACUGGGUGAGAUUAUGAAAUAAAAGACCUCUGUCUUAAGCCAUCAAAAAGCACUACUUAUUUAAAAACAAAACGAGAGAGAGAGAGACAAUGACCAAAUUUGCUAAUUUUUGAAUAGCAGUUUUUCAACUUUUGUCUGUAAGACGGGACAGCGGAGUCAGGUGACGCGCGACAGCUUCACUCUGACCGAGGGAUAGUCCUAAAAGACUCUAAAAUAGUGAACAUUGCAUAUGUAUUUAGUUUCUUGGUGACAUGUUUUGGAUCUUUUGUUAUACAAGCGUACAACGUGUGAUUGUGUGUGUUGUAGAAGUCGUCUGCAAUAGCCUUCUCUGAACAAGAUGUAGCAUGAACAUCAUUUACCCUCUGUUUCCUCUCUAGAUAGUAACCUGUGAUAUACUCGAGCGAUGCUAUAACAAGAGAAAAACGGCAAAAACAAGAGAAAAGGAAAUGUUUAAAAAAAAGUUGGUACGACGGUAGAUGCAUUUUUGAUUUUGUGAACGUGUCAUUUUUUUUAUUUUAUUUUUGGUUGGAUACUUGGAGGUUUUACACCAGAGCUCUUGUGCACAGUUUAAAUCAAGAUGCAUUUACUUGAGAUGCAAAAAUGUUUUCUGAUAUAAUUAAGUGAUUUUUUUGCUUAAAACACGGGAAAGAAAUUAUAAUUAGAAAAAGAAAAAUAAUCUUGCAUUAAAUCUUGUUUUACAUAAUUUUUCUUACACCCAUUGAUGUUAUUUUUCUUGUUUGAUGUUUUUUUUUAAAGAAAACAAGGCUUAAUAUCUUGUCAUUUUGUUUCUCAUUUGAAACAUUCAUCAAAAUUAAAAGCAAUUUUUUGCUUAAAACAAGAAAAAUAUUUAUCGAUGAGAUAAGAUCUUGUUUUGCCUUUGAUGUUAAUAUUUGACAAAUUUAUUUUCUUACCACAUUGGCAGAUUUUUUUCUUGCUUUAAGCAUAAACUUGGUCUUGUUUUCCUGUACAAACAUACUUAAAUCAAUAUUUUAAAACAUUAUAAUAAAAAAAAAAAUCAUCAAAAUUAAACAAAGCUUAUGCUUAAAACAAGAGAAAAUAUGUCAGUGUGGUAAUAAAAAAUUUUUUGAAUUUUAUUUUUCUUUCCCCGCUGACUGAUAUUUUUUUCUGUAAGUGUCAGAGACGUCAUAUCUUAAGUUAUUUUGCUGCUCAAAUAAAUGUAUUUUGAUUUUUUUUUUUUUUUUUAUGGAAAACAAGACAAAAAUACGGAGUAAGAAACAGAUUGCAAAUCCUCAGUAACUCAUGGCCCAUGUACCUCACUGUCUCGACGAGCUGGUCUCACACCUGCAACCUCCAGUGUCUGAAACAUACUUUUUGACCCAAAGCUUUGGAUAUAAUUCAAGCCUCAAGGAGCACCGACUGGCGGGGUGGGACGGGACGGGUUUUCACGGGGAAUUGUUUGCAUGCAUAUGUUUUAAACUGCUCCGUGAUGCAGUCGUGGUCUCGUGGGGGCAGAAACAUGCCAUACUCGUCUUCUCAUUCUUCCUCCAUCUCUCCGUCUGUGUUUGCUCCUGCAUGAGAGUCGUGUGUCUCUGUAAACCUCCUCCAGCCGCCUCCUCCCAACAUCAGGACGGUUCCUGUGGAGAAUCACACUUUAUGUUCAGGUCAUUUUAUAAUUAUUAAGACAUAUUUUAGCAGGGAGUUUAAAAUAAAUGCACUUAAAGCUGAAAUAUGACAUAUUGGACAUCAGAUGAGAAUCUGUUUUAUUGUUCUUUACUUGUUUAUUUCGUAUCCCAUGAGCACUUUGCCUACUUUGCUGUAUUUUAGUGAUUUUGAUACUUAUUUCCAGGUGCUCUUUGUACUGCAGGAGAAGGCCAGAAACACACUCUGUGCAAGCGCUUCUGUGGAUGCUUGUUCAGUGCAUUCAGUACAAACAUCUGAAAAUCCUUAAAUCAAGAUUCAUUUACUUGAUAUGCAAAAUGACGUAACAUUAAGUCUCGUUUUCAGAAAGAGUCAUCAAAAUCAAUUAAGUUUCUGCUCGGUGCAAGAAAAACAAUGAAAUACUACAAACGGAUGGAAUAAAUGAACUCAAAGGGAAAACAGGUUCAGCUAUUUUUCCCCCUUGCUUUAAGUUCAAAGUCACUUCAUUUUAAUUACCGUAUUUUUCGGACUAUAAAUCGCAUUUAUUUAGAACCAAGAGAAAACAUUACCGUCUCCAGCCGCGAGAGGGCGCUCUAUACUGAUCAGUAGUAGACUACAGGAGCAAUGAGCAGCAUAGAGCGCCCUCUGGCGGCUGGAGACGGUAAUGUUUUCUCUUGGUUCAUUUCUCUCGGUUCAUGUCAAAUUAAUUUUGAUAAAUAAGUCGCACCUGACUAUAAGUCGCAGGACCAGCCAAACUAUGAAAAAAAAGUGUGACUUGUAGUCUGGAAAAUAUGGUAAUGUUUUAGCAAACAAGACUAUUUCUACUUGAAAACUAGAUGAAAAUACGGAGUAAGAAAAUCAUUUUUGCAGUGCAAUAUAAAGUAAGAUAUUUCCUCCAGUAUUUUCACCUCUUAUUAUAACAGAAACGGCAAACAGAAAAUGCUUUGUUAAUUUUUUUAAUUAAUAGUCAUUUUUGUAUUAAGAAUAAUAAUAAUAAUGUACUAUAAUAAUAAUGAACCUAGCUAAAAAAAAAAAUGUAAUGGUGAAACACCAGAUUAUAUUUGACAUGGAAGAGUAAACUGACAGAUAGUUUGCACAAAUGCUGCUCAGUAAAUGACGUUGAUGGAAACACUUGCAUUCACAUGCUUGCGUAGAGUCUGUUUCAGGUCCUGAACUGAAUAAUACUAAAUCAGAAGCAGAUUUGAACACAAUGACCAAAGCAAAACAAACAGUGUUUCCCCGAACAGAACGGCCUGUUUGUUUUGUACAACUCUCUCACGAAGCAUCUGAAAUCACAAAAAGUGUCAAAGCUCUGCUGAAAAGACGUGUCCGAUCAGUCCAGAUGUUCUUCUUUGGUGUGUUUUUGGCUGCUGUUGAUCGACUGAAAUGCUGUUUUUUUUUAUUUAUGAUAUUUGAAAACACCGAUGUUCCUUUCCUACUGUAUCUCAUUUUGUACUGGAUAUUUGCAGCUCCUCGGUACCACACUAGAAAAAUACACGCAGCACUUAGAAAAUCGUGAAUUCUUCUGCAUUUGUGUUCCACAAGUCUUUGCCUUCAUGUCUCGUUGAGGUUGUUAGAGAAGAACACUUGCACACUUGUCUUAAUAGUACUGAGGAUCGGAUCUUAAAACAUAUGUAAAUAUCUAUAUAAAUAUUACACAUUUACUGAAAGGGAUAUAUCUUAGGUCCUUGACACUAGCGUGCUGAUGAUAUUUAUUAAGAGUGUACAGUUAUAUUAACCAAACACAUAGAGCCAGAGGUGGUCUGGCAAGCUUGCCCAUGUUCUAGAAACUUCUCUCAGGGUAGACUUGCUUCUCUAAGCUUUACAAAACCUGUCAGGUCACAGCACUGGUCAGCGUUUACUGUUCCUAACCGCCGUUUGCUUUUCUUAAGUGUUCUCGACGAAGUGUAAAUCUGAUUUGUAGAUCUGAACAAUUGGAAAUAAGAAUCUCAUGUGCUAGAAUUCAUAAAUUUGUUUCAAAUUCGGAACAAUAUCUGAAUGCAUAUGGACGCUUGGGACUGAUGCCUUCAGGAACCAUUACUGCUGGUUAAAGUGAAAUAACAAUGACUACUUGUUUUUUUUUAUCUCUCAUGUUACUGUUCAUGUAAUAAAAAUCUCUGAUGAAAACAGUU